CUUUGCGCGCUCCCGCGGUUCGCCUGGGUUCCAUCCGGCAUGGCGGUGAACGCGCUUCACGCCGGACCGUGUAGCUGCGUGUCAGCGCUCGGGCGGACAUCACACGGGAGGAUUUUCCACAAUGUCAUAGAUUGAAAAGCAGCGCGAGCCCCCGAGCCGCCGCCCCCCCCCACCACCACCACGCGCCACAAUGAGAAGCGUCGCCGCGCGCUCCUGCUCAUCCUCUGAAUAGUCACUUUUUUACGGGGUUGUUCCAUGUUCCGGCACGGGAUGCGCACGAGCAGGUCGACGUGAGCCGGGUUCGGAGGUCAUGCUGCGGACGGAAUCUGACCCCCGCGGCCUCUUUUCCUCCGGAGGGACGUCGGACAUCCACGACUGUGGGGGGGAGGCGAGCGGCGAGGAGGCGGACGCGGCGUGCGCGUGCCAGGCCGGCCCCUGUACCUUUUACCCAGAAGCCCACAGGCCCCCGCCGUCCUCCACAGGAUCCAUCAGGAGCGCCGCCUCCUUUGUUCUCUCUUCUCAGUGCACGCCGCUGCUGUGUGAACACUGCGGGAAACACAGGGUGAUGGCGACCCGGUUUUCGGAGGGGUACGGCACGGAGGAGGAGUGCGUGGUGUCCGACCCUCAGGGGGAGAGCGACGCGGACGCCGAUAUAGAGGACACGGAUUGCAGACACCAGGAGCCGGGUCCUCUCCAGCGAGUCAGCUCGCGGAGACGCAAGCGCCCGCGCGUCGCGCGCCAAGACACCACCGAGAGCGAGGACGACGGCGGCGGGCAGAGCUGCCGGACGCACCGCUGGACCCUGAGGCUGAGCCCCGCCAGGGCGCACAGCAGGACCAUCCCGGAGGAGAGCGUCUCGCAGGUCCGGCCGCUGGUCAUCCUGCGGCCGGACGCCGACAGGCCGGCGGAGCUCCCGCGAGCCUCCGGGCGCCCGACGCCUUUGUGGCCGCCGGCGCCGGCGCCGCUGCCGCCCUCCCUCCCGCUCGCCCUCCUCCUGCUGCUCCUGCUGCUGCCGCUCUCCCUCGUCGCCGCCAUCGUCAUCGUGUCCCUCCUCCGACCGCGGGCCGGCGCUUGAGCCGACACGUCUGCCUCGAGGCGACGGUGCCAUUACGAAAAAAAGCCCUGGACACUCCCACAAUGCAGUGCGGGCCACGAACGAAAACAAAGUUGCUUGGCAGAGGACAGUUGGAUCUCUUUUAACAGACGUGACCGUCCACGUUUUUACAGUGAUUUUUGUCUCUGAAAAUACAGACGUUGACUGUUUUUGGGAGCGCUGGCCUGUGGGCCUCAUUCUGAGGGGGAACGCCAUCGAUCACGCUCACACUCCUUCGGGCGCGGCCAGAAUCUCAGCCCUCGCGAAAUCUCACCUCGCGUCUCGCGUUCUCACCCCCUCAUUUGCAAAAAUAGACCUCGACUCGUCUCACUUUCUUAUUCCAAUGAGCCGCAGGGAGGGGGGGGGGGGGAAUCUGCGACAUGUUUCUGGCGUUCCACGGGUACGUUCGACGAAGACAAUAAACACGCCACAAGGGGGACAAAAAGACGACGCCGCUAAACUAUGCAAUACUUGUGUUCCCCCCCCCCCCCCCCCUGGCGCGGCGUCUUCAGCGCUGUUAUAAGAAGUCUCCUGUUUCUUUGGCACUGCCAUCGCCCCGCGGCCCCUCACCUUUUCUCUUUGGAAUAAAUGGAGUCAUGGUUUUAAAAUAGAGCAUGACCGAGUUGAAGAAGCAACAGCAAAGGAGCUCUGAUGCAGCUCAUGAGCCUUUUUCUCGUUGCAGAUCCUCCUUCUUCUUCAGUUCAAAGAAUGAUUUGAAACUCAAUUUUGUGGAAGCAGUUUAAACACUUGAAACCAGCUCCUGCAGUUGUUCACUUUUAUGUUGAAUAAUAAUAUUUAUGGUGUAUCUAUAUUUGUGAAUUAUUAUUUAAGAAGAUAAAUUGACAAUCAGUCAGUCACCAGUCAUUCCAAGCUGAAAUAGUUUUGGCUUUUUCUAGACACUAUGUUUUAGAUGAAGUUGUGAUUUAUUUAUUUUUUCCACAGUUCCACUCGUAUCCAUGUAAAGAGAUGUUCAUUCCCAAUUGAGUUUGUAACUGUGCCUGAUUGUAUUGCCCGUCUUAAAUGUAUCUCCAUGUCUGUGUGUUUACUUUCGUGUUUCAUGGAGUGAUGGGGGUUCAUUAAAAGUAUUGUAUUUUGACAAGAAAACCGCUUCCUUGUUAUGAAUAAAAGCAGUUUGUAAGGGA